GUUAUUCUUCUGCUUCCUUUUUAUUCCUAAUAUUAGAGCUAUAGCAUUUAGGUUAUUGCAUAAACCUUCACGAUGGAAAGCUUAUUCUGACUUCAGACGAACAGGAAGGUCAUCAAUACAAGAAUCCUGGGCUAACAGUGUGACUUGGCAUCAAGGAAACCUACUUUCAACUGAUUCGUGGAGUGAUGCACUCAAGGGAGUAACUUCUGUUAUCUCUUGUGUGGGUGGCUUUGGAUCUAACUCAUACAUGUAUAAAAUAAAUGGGACAGCCAACAUAAAUGCAAUCAGAGCUGCUUCACAAGAAGGUGUUAAAAGAUUUGUUUACAUCUCUGCUGCGGACUUUGGUGUUGCAAAUUACUUGUUACAAGGUUAUUAUGAGGGAAAGGUAUUUGUCUAA